AAUAAUAUUUACAUUAAAUUAAUAACAAUGAAAUUUCGAACGGUACUAUUUUUCUUUAUUAUUUGCUACGUAACUGUGAAUUGUGAUUUAAAUGAUUGUAUACAGAUUUGUGAAGUUGGUGCACUCAAUGAAUCACAGAAAUCAAAAUGUAUACGAGACUGUUAUAAAGGAGCUACUUUUGGAGGAUACUUGGCAGCUGACGUAAAUGAUUGCAUUGCAUUUUGUCGUCGAGAAAUUAAGGAGCAGUAUGUAAAAGAUUGUGAAAAAGGAUGUUUGUUUACAUUUGCAAUUACUAUACGUUAUAACAGACAAAAAAAUGAAUCGGAUUGCACGAAACAACCAGAAUUAAAGAAAGUAAAAAUUGAACCUGUUGAGUUGGAUUGA